GAAGUAACUAGGACAUGCGUACUUUGGACUUACGUGGCAGACGUAAAAGUGUAUUUGUGGGAUGUUCUUUAUUUACAGAUUUUUAUAGAAUUUCACCGUUAAAAUAACGCAAUAUCAUUUUGAUAUGGAACCACAAUAUAUGCCUCCACAACAGUUUGGAGGCCCACAACAAGGAUUUCCUCCCAACCUAUCUUCACAAGGAUUAGGACAACAGCAACCCUUUCAAACUGUUCCCCUGGAAUCACCAAGACCUGGGCAACUACCUCCUCAGGGAGGGAUUCCUUCUAAUAAGUGCACACUUCCUUCAGGAGUUCCAGUAUCUGGAUCAUCUCCGAGUUAUCUAACAUCGCCAGGUCAGCUACCACCAUCAAGUCAGUUACCACCUACAAAUCAACUACCACCCUCCACUAGAGGUCAAAUUCCACCCAGUCAAUUACCCCCUUCUAUUGGUCAAAACACUCAGAGUAUGAAUUCACAACAUCCAAGUGCAUUCAGUCCUCCACUAUCAAAAAAUGAAGUUCAACCUGGAAAUGUUCAAAAUGGUCCCCAACAGUUUCAAAACGGACAAAUGCCAGACCAAUUUCCAAUGAAUCAGGACAAAAGAUCUCCUUCAGGGAUGACUGUUCCACCAAACGUUCCAUCAAAUACUCAGAAUCAGAAUCAGUUUGGUCCCAUUCCAACAUCAAAUCAAAACUUUCCACCUAAACCAUUGUCAAACCAGCUUGGUCAGACCCCAUUGUCAGGAGUUCCAACAUUCCAAUCGGCUGGAGCACCGGGUUUGCCAUCAUCUACCCAGAAUCAGUUUGGACAACCUCCUGCUCAAUUACAAAGUCAACACAAUCAACUACCAACAGCUCAGGGAAUGAGUGCUGGUCCUCCAAAACAAACCCAACCCAUACAGCAAUCUCUGCCAAGUCAAAAUAUUCCUACUCAACUACAAAGACCUGGACAGCCGCUCUUGCCUGGACAAGGGACAUAUCCUAACCAAGGUCCCCCCAUGGGCCAAGGAUCUUUUCCUGCACAGGGACCCCAGCUAGAUCUGGGAUCUUCUGGUCAAGGUUUUCCACAAAAUCAAAGACCUCCAGUUGGUUUUACUCAAGGUCCACCACUUGGUCAUGCCUCUCCUCAUCUUAGUCAAGGACCUCCUCUGUCUGGUCAAAUGUCAUCUUUGUCUGGACAAAGACCUCCUUUACCUGGACAAAGGCCCAUGGAUAAUGCUAAUCCAGCACUAGUAGGACAAAAUCCUUAUCAAUUUGCAUCAGGACCCUAUCCACCAGGGGUGGCGUAUCCGCCACAAGGUCCCCAAAUGCCUGCACAAAGCAGUCAAUCACAGUUGGUUUCCAAUCAGAUAACAAACCAAAUGCAUGGGAUGAGUUUAACAGGACCUAGGCAAUAUCCUGGAGCACCAGUGAAAAGCACCAUCAAUGGAGAUAGCGGUCCCCACAUGCCACCACCACUCGGUCAGUCUGGUUUCAUGAAUGGUCAGCAAACGAGAGGUCCCCAACAAUUAGCAAGAUAUCCACCAAUGCCUGGUCAAGGGUCCAUGCCUGGACAAGGAUCUAUUCCUGGGCAAGGAUCUAUGCCUGGAACAGGACCUAUGCCUGGUUCAGGGCCUAUGCCUGGACCUCUAUCCGGAAUAGGUUCUAUGCCUGGACAAGGCCCUAUGCCGGGACAAGGACUAGUAGGAUCUGGUUAUCCUCAACAAAACUACCAACAACCGCAACAGAAUCGAAAAUUAGAUCCAGAUCAAAUGCCUAGUCCUAUUCAAGUAACACAGGAUGAUCAGCAAAACAGAUCUGGUGUAUUCGUCACCAAUCAAAAAGGACUCGUUCCUCCACUAGUUACCACCAGUUUUGUUGUUCAAGAUCAAGGAAAUGCUAGUCCAAGGUUCAUUAGAUCUACAAUGUAUAAUGUACCAAUUUCACAGGAUAUUCUCAAACAAACAUCAGUUCCCUUUAGCGUAGUGUUGAGUCCUAUGGCUAGGCACAUGGAUCAGGAGUAUUUCCCACCAAUAGUGAAUUUUGGUGAAUUAGGGCCUGUUAGGUGUAUACGGUGCAAAGCCUACAUGUGUCCAUUUAUGCAAUUCAUUGAUUCAGGAAGAAGAUUUCAGUGUCUUUUCUGUAUGGCUACAACUGAUGUUCCAACGGAGUACUUUCAACAUCUGGACCAUACUGGUCAACGAAUGGAUCGCUAUGAAAGACCCGAAUUGGUCCUCGGUACCUACGAAUUCGUUGCAACAGCAGAUUAUUGUAGGAAUAAUACUUUGCCAAAUCCGCCAGCCAUUAUUUUUCUUAUAGAUGUUUCUUACAACAAUAUCAAAUCUGGCAUGGUGAACCUUUUAUGUUCCCAGAUGAAAAACAUCAUUCAGAAUCUACCUGUGGAUCAAGGACAAGAAAAAAGCAAUAUGAAAGUUGGAUUCAUUACUUACAAUAGUUCGGUUCAUUUCUAUAAUAUAAAGGGUACAUUGGCAGCUCCUCAAAUGUUAGUAGUGGGAGACGUACAAGAGAUGUUCAUGCCCCUUUUAGACGGAUUCUUGUCUACUCCAGAAGAAUCUGGUCCAGUAAUUGAUGCUCUUAUGGAACAGAUUCCAUCCAUGUUUGCCGAUUCUAGAGAAACAGAAACCGUAUUGUAUCCAGCAAUUCAAGCAGGAUUGGAAGCACUUAAGGCUUCAGAAUGUGCAGGCAAACUUUUGGUUUUCCAUUCCACAUUACCAUCUGCAGAAGCACCUGGCAAACUUAAAAAUCGUGAUGACCGCAAAGUACUAGGAACUGAUAAAGAAAAGACAGUUUUAACCCCUCAAAGUCAGGUUUACAAUCAGUUGGGUCAGGAUUGUGUUGGAGCUGGGUGUUCUGUAGACUUGUUCAUAUUCAACAAUUCAUACAUUGACAUAGCUACAAUCAGUCAGGUUUCGAGAUUGACAGGUGGAGAAGUCUUUAAGUAUACAUAUUUCCAAGCUGAUAUCGAUGGCGAACGACUAAACUCUUCAAUCUACCAAUCUCUUAAUCUACCAAAAAUGUUUAAGAGAAAGUAUUUUAUGUACAAGUACAAUUCAACUAUCUGGAUUAAUUCUUUGAUUUUCAUCGAAACAAUCUUGAGAGAUCAAAUCGUGAGGUAUUGUGAUAAGGCAGUAGCAAUAGAAAUAAAGCAUGAUGAUAAACUAUCUGAAGAGGCAGGAGUUUACCUGCAAGCCGCCUUACUCUAUACUUCAUGUUCCGGUCAAAGAAGACUGAGAAUAAUAAAUCUUUCCCUGAAAACUUGCUCACAAAUGGCUGACCUUUAUCGUAGCUGCGACCUGGACACAUUAGUAAAUUACCUGAGCAAGCAGGCAGUAUAUAAAUUACUGGACAACAACCCCAAAUUGGUAAAAGAUUCUAUUGUGAGCAGGGCAGCACAGAUAUUAGCGACUUAUAGGAAGAACUGUGCAAGUCCCAGCAGUGCUGGCCAACUGAUUUUGCCGGAGUGCAUGAAGUUGCUUCCUCUAUAUGUCAACUGCCUCUUGAAAAGUGAUGCUUUAUCUGGUGGAUCUGAAAUGACGAUUGAUGACAGAUCUUUUGUCAUGCAGGCAGUAAUGACUAUGGACAUCCCUACUUCUAUGAAUCACUUUUAUCCUAGGCUUAUUCCAGUUCACGAUAUUGAUCCUACAAAGGAACCAGUUACUAUUCCACCACCUGUUCGUUGUAGUAUUGAGAAGAUGAACGAACAAGGAGUUUAUAUAUUAGAAAAUGGAAUUCACAUGUUCCUUUGGUUUGGCUUAGGCGUAAAUCCUGAAUUUAUUCAAAAAGUAUUUGGGGCUCCAUCAGCCAUACAAGUUGACAUCGAUAGGGUUGGAUUACCGGAACUAGAUAAUCCCCUUUCCAUAGCUGUUAGGACUAUCAUUGAUGAAAUACGAAUAGAAAGGCAUCGUUGUAUGAGACUAACAUUGGUUAGGCAACGAGAAAAAUUGGAACCUGUUUUCAAACAUUUUCUUGUCGAAGAUAGAGGCACAGAUGGUUCUCCUAGCUAUGUUGAUUUUCUGUGUCAUAUGCACAAAGAAAUUAGGACGUUGCUGAGCUAGCAGAGGUGAUCUUUAGGUUACGGAUAAGAGAUUUUAAGAAGCUGUGGGAAUGUAAUCGAAAGUUUGUGUUUGAUGGAUUUUAUAACAUACUUCAAUUACAAUCAUCCAUUUCCAGACGUGCUGAACAGAAUAUAUUUUAUUUUUAUUUGUUAUAUGAUGUAUAUUAGAAUGAUAAAGCAAGCUUGCCCCGAAGAUCAUUUUCAUGAAGGUAAUUAAGUAUUAUAUUUCGACGAUUUUGACUUCUUUCUUUACUUCACUACUGAGUAUAAAAUUCAAGAGGAAGGCAGUAAAAUGGACAUAAAAGAACUGGAUAUGUUUUUAAAAACUAUCAAGUAGCGAUGUUUAAAUGAAAACUGAACGUUUUACAGUUGCUUUGUUUUGACUUUUAUUAAUGAAUCAAAAUUUUAUUUACUUUGGGUGCGAGUUAGCUCUAGGAGAGAAAUUAUUGCUAGAUUUAUAUUUAAGGAUUUUGUAACUAUAUUUUAUUUGUACUCUAUGGUUAUGUAAUAUAGAUACUAAUAAAUUA